AUGAUACCAGCAUUAGAGGAUUUGGCUAAUCAAUCUCAUAGAAAUAGUGAGUUUGUGAACCUUGGAGAUUCAAAUGGCGACAACAAUGCAAGGAAUUCAUUACCUAACUUAUUUGCUGAAGCUGAAAAGGAGUUGUACCCCGGAUGCACAGUAUUCUCGAGCUUAACAUUUAUUGUUAAUCUAAUGCACAUUAAAGUGAUGUGUGAUUGGAGUAACAAAUCAUUUGAUCUGUUGUUGGACUUACUUUGGAAAGCAUUUCCCAAAGACAAUAAGAUUCCACGGUCAUAUUACGAGGCUAAGAAGAUGUUGCGUGAUCUUGGUUUAAGAUAUGAAACCAUUCAUGUAUGUAAGGACAAUUGUGCUUUAUUUUGGAAAGAGAAUGAAAAUGCUGAAAGAUGUCCUGUAUGUGAUCAUGAACGAUACAAAUUUCAAGGAACUAAAGGCAAGAAGAUCCCAUACAAAAAGAUGCAAUAUUUUCCCAUAACUCCACGUCUACAACGACUUUUUAUGUCUCGCCAUACAUCAACUGAUAUGAGGUGGCAUAAGGAAGAACGUGUUGAUACUGAUGGUGAACUUAGACACCCAGCUGAUGCAGAAGUCUGGAAGGAUUUCGAUCGACAAUAUCCUAAUUUUGCAAAAGAAACUAGAAAUGUUAGGUUGGGAUUUGCAACAGAUGGAUUCAAUCCAUUCGGUGAUUUAUCAAACGCACAUAGUAUGUGGCCAGUGUUGCUAAUGCCAUAUAACAUGCCUCCAUGGAAAUGUAUGAAACGAGAAUUCGUAAUGAUGGCAUUACUAAUUCCAGGACCCAGUGCUCCAGGCAAAGACAUAGAUGUCUUUUUACGACCUCUAAUUGAUGAGCUCAAGGAAUUAUGGGAAAAUGGGGUGCGUACUUUUGAUAUUGUUGACCAAGAAUAUUUUACAAUGCGUGCUGCAAGAUAUGGACGAUUAAUGAUUUUCCAAAGAUAUGGUACUGUGUCUGGGUAUAGCACUCAAGGGUAUAAGGCUUGUCCUGUUUGUGAGGAAGACACAUCUUCAUUUCGAGUAAGAGGAAAAACAUGUUUCAUGGGUCAUCGUCGAUAUUUGAGUCUGAACCACCAAUGGCGCAAGGAUAAAGAGUACGAUGGCACAAUUGAAAGACGUUCGGCUCCAAGAAUUUUAACAGGAGAUGAAAUCUUGGACAAAGUAAAAGGUUUAUGGAAAUGUAGGCCAGGGAAAAAUGAUAAGAUCAUUAAGGAAGAUAAGCAACAAAUGAAGGAUGCAUCUUAUGAAAACAAAACAAACUGGAGGCGAAAAAGAAAUAUUUCUCGAAAUGUUAACAUGAAAGAUGGAAAAUUAUUUGGGUUGAAAAGCCAUGAUUGUCAUAUCUUACUGCAAAGGUUGUUACCUAUUGGUUUAAGGCCAUAUUUGAAUAAAAAGGUGAUGGAUGCAAUUGCUGAGUUAUCAUUGUUCUUUAGAAAACUAUGUGCGAGGACAUUAAAUGUGAAAGACUUAGAUGAAUUGGAAGAGGGCAUUGUACUUACCUUAUGUAAAUUGGAAAGUAUUUUUCCUCCUGCUUUCUUCGAUGUGAUGAUUCAUCUUGCGGUGCAUUUGCCAUUAGAAGCUAAGUUGGGAGGUCCAGUACAAAUGCGAUGGAUGUAUUCAAUCGAAAGGGAAUUAGGUCAUUUAAAGAAAUAUGUAAAGAACAAAGCUCGACCUGAAGGUUGUAUUGCUCAAGGAUACAUUAUUACCGAGGCAUUAAAUUUUUGUUCCAUGUAUCUUCGUGGAAUAGAGACACGAUUUAAUCGCCCUGAUCGUAAUUCUGAAAACCUUGGCGUCAGAAAAGAAUCUACCUUGUCUAUAUUCAACAUGCCUACAAGACCAUUUGGCAAACAAUCAUCUUUCACACUAACUCAAGAGGAACGAAACCAAGUUCAAUGGUACAUUUUGAAUAAUUGUCCUGAGUUAGACACAUACUUAACGUAA